AUGAAUGACAUGAGCGUUCAUGCGAAAUUUGUUCGAAACUUCGAGCAACUAAGGCGCGAAGAUGGACCCCUAGUUGGCGGCAAGAAUUCCUCCCUCGGUGAGAUGAUCACUGCUCUGGGAGGAAAGGGCAUUGCAGUGCCACCUGGCUUUGCCACGACGUCGAACACCUAUUGGCACUAUCUAGACACCAAUGACAUCCGGAAGAAAAUCACUAAACUAAUUGAGAACUGGCAACUGAGAAAGACAACUCUUGCUGAAACCGGCCAUGCGGUACGUGCUCUGUUCCUUCAUGGGAACUGGCCGACGGAUGCAGAAGCCGCGAUUAGGGCUGCCUAUCGUCAACUUUGUGGCAAGGCUGGGGUUGACGACCUUGGUGUCGCGGUCCGAUCCAGUGCGACUGCAGAGGACUUACCAGACGCAAGCUUUGCCGGUCAGCAGGAGUCCUACUUAAAUAUCUCUGGCGAAGAGGCUCUCUUGCAUGCCUGUCGACGCUGCUAUGCAUCGCUGUUCACGGACCGGGCUAUCAGCUAUCGCCAGGCCAAAGGAUUUGACCACAUGAGUGUUGCCCUCUCCAUAGGGGUGCAGCGAAUGGUUCGAUCUGAUGCCGGUGGCUCCGGCGUCAUGUUUUCUAUCGACACCGAAACUGGUUUCGACAAGGUCGUUCUCAUCAAUGCUGCAUGGGGGCUUGGGGAGAACGUCGUGCAAGGGACCGUAAAUCCCGACGAAUAUCAAGUCUUCAAACCACUGCUAGCUGAUCAGAGCCUGGUCCCGAUCAUAGAGAAAAAACGGGGUGAAAAGGGAAUGAAAAUGGUCCUUGGCGAUACAGAGACACCCACCCGAAAUGUGCCCACCUCGAAAUCCGAGCAAGCAACAUUCGUGCUGAAUGACGAAGAAAUUCUUCAGCUCGGGCGUUGGGCCUGCACAAUUGAAGCGCAUUAUGGCUGCGCAAUGGAUAUGGAAUGGGCUAAAGAUGGUAUUACGGGUGAGCUGUUUAUUGUUCAAGCCCGACCAGAAACCGUGCAUUCGCGCAGCCAUGAUGCCAUUUUCAAAACGUAUAAGGUUGGCAAAAAAGGACGUCUGUUGACCACAGGCCUCUCUGUUGGUGACGCAGCAGUGUCAGGCCGUGUCUGUCUCAUUGAAACCGCACGGGACAUCGACAAAUUCAUUGAUGGCUCCAUACUAGUGACCGAAACCACCGACCCAGACUGGGUGCCUAUCAUGAAACGAGCCGUAGCCAUCGUCACUGACCAUGGCGGACGAACCUCGCAUGCGGCUAUCAUCAGCCGCGAACUGGGCCUCCCAGCAAUAGUUGGUGCGGGCAAUGCUACAUACAUCCUGCACACUGGCCAGGAUGUCACCGUCUCAUGCGCAGAGGGCGACAACGGCUUUGUGUACGAGGGGAUCUCGGAAAUCACGACGGAAUCUGUGGAUUUGACUGAGUUCCCGGAAACCCGGACAAAGAUCAUGCUCAAUCUCGCGAACCCAGCCGCAGCUUUCCGCUGGUGGAAACUCCCAGCUGAUGGCAUUGGACUCGCCCGUAUGGAGUUUGUUGUCACCAAUGCCAUUCAGGUACAUCCCAUGGCGCUUGUCCAUUUUGAUCAAUUGAGGGACACGAAGGCCAAGGAGGAUAUUCUCCGGUUGACGACUGGGUAUGACAACAAGCCGGAAUAUUUUAUCGACAAACUGUCUCACGGGUUUGCAUCCUUGUGUGCUGCCGUCUAUCCCAAGCCUGCUAUUAUCCGCAUGAGCGAUUUCAAGACCAAUGAAUAUGCCCGUCUUGUGGGUGGCCGUGAGUUUGAGCCGGACGAGGAAAACCCUAUGCUAGGCUUCCGGGGCGCCUCGCGAUAUUACUCCGCCCACUACAAAGAGGGAUUUGCGUUAGAAUGUCAUGCAAUUAAACGUCUACGAGAGAAAAUGGGCUUCACAAAUGCAAUUGUCAUGAUUCCAUUUUGCCGCACAGUAAGAGAAGCGAAGAAGGUGUUGGACGCCAUGGCAGAGAACGGGCUCAGGCGGGGGGAGAAUGGGCUGCAGGUCUAUGUUAUGUGUGAGAUCCCAUCCAAUGUUAUUCUCGCAGCUGAUUUUAUGGAAUACUUUGAUGGCUUUUCUAUCGGCUCCAACGAUUUGACGCAGCUCACCCUCGGCGUCGAUCGUGAUUCUGGGGAACUCGCAGACCUUUUCGAUGAGCAGGAUAAGGCAAUCAAGUGGAUGCUGCAGCAGGUUAUCCAGGUGGCAAAGCAAAAAGGUUGCAAGAUCGGCAUUUGCGGCCAAGCACCCAGUAACCACCCCGAGUUUGCUCGGUUCCUAGUUCAGUUCAAGAUCGACUCGAUCUCUGUCAGCCCGGACAGCUUCUUCGUGGUGAAAAGACACGUCGUUGCGGGUGAAAAUACAUGA